AUGGCGGACUCCGAGUACACACCCAAGUUCGCUCCCUUCCUUGGAAUGGGAGGCAUCGCCUUUGCCAUGAUAUUCGGAUGCGUCGGAGCGGCCUAUGGCACAGCGAAGUCAGGCAUCGGUAUUGCCAACGUUGGAACAUUCAGGCCUGACCUCAUCAUGAAGUCUCUGAUUCCUGUGGUCAUGUCUGGAAUUAUUGCCGUCUACGCGCUUGUCGUGUCGGUUCUAAUAGCAGGCAAUAUGAAGCCUCCGCCAGAGCAGACUUACAGCUUAUACAAUGGCUGUAUGCAUCUUGCGUGUGGUCUGUCAGUUGGCCUCACUGGACUUGCGGCCGGAUACGCCAUUGGAGUGGUCGGUGAUUCGGGAGUACGCGCGUACAUGCAGCAAUCACGAAUCUUUGUCGGAAUGGUCUUGAUUCUCAUUUUCGGCGAAGUGCUGGGCCUUUACGGUCGUGGUACAUCCGACCGCGGCUUCGCGCCCCUACACAGGAAAUACCGCAUUCAAAAGGACCGCCUAAUCACCUGGGGACUGGCAUGGAGCGACGAUGCCAAAGGACCAGACGGGAGCAUCGACGAGUCCGUCGCCAAGGCAGGUCUUACUGAGACCGUUGAAAGCGUCUUGCGCAAUAUACAGGAGGUUACCGAGGAAGCCGAAAGAAUCAAGUCAGCAAGCCUGCCCUUGACCAAGCCCGGCGAACAGAUUCCCCAGCAACCAGCCGUCUUCGAUGAAGCCAGAUACGAGGACCUCCUUCGGGACUUGACGACCUCAAUCGAUAUUCUCUAUGAUCUGUCCAUUUCCCGAAGAGCCCUCGCCCGUGGCGAACAUCCCAGCUUCGAUGCGGCCUCCAUGAACAAGCCUGGCUCGAUCGAGAAGCCUCGAUUCAGCGAGAAGUCUGGAUCGAUUGAGAAGACACUCUCUAUGCCACCUAGUAAGCUCCAUUUCAACCAGCCGACGUUCGUCAGGCGGCCCAGCUUAGCAGCGUCAGAAACCACGCUGGUCAAUCCAUCCUUCGCCCGGCCAGCACUGUCACCAUAUGCCGGCCUACCAUCUCGAAUCGAAGCAACAGCAUUACGUCUACCGAAUGAAGGACCGCCACCGUACGAAGCCAUUGGAGUUCCUUCCACAACUCGUAUGGUCGCCAUGCUCAUCAGGAGCAGGGCGUCGGAAAGCAUUCAAACCGCAUUAGCAAGUGAAGCUUCGGAAGUGCCUGUUCUGGUCGAGUACGCCAAUUUUGAUGCCACCUACCGCGAUACCGGAGUACCGCCGCCGCUUCAACGACUCGAGGCUCUGGCAUUAGUCUUGCAGCCGAUGCGGGCAGAGUCGCAAACGAAUUUGAGCCUGCUGGGAUAUUUCGAGGAUUCUAAUCAGCCGCGCAUUGGUCUGGUAUAUGAUUUGCCAUAUGCCGUGCAAAACAAAAUGCAAUUGGAGAGUGGACCCGACGCUCUUGCUCCAUUGAGUCUUCUCAAGUUGGUACAGAAGGCCAGCAAAUCCCAAACUGCAGGGAGCGUUAAUGAUGCUCCGGCACCGGCCUUGGAGCAUCGUUUCCGGAUGGCACUACGCUUGACAGAACAACUGCAUUCACUCCACUCUCAUCAAAUACCCCAUGGAAAUAUCAACAGUAGCAGUAUCAUGUUCACCACAACUGCGAAUGAGUCCGAAGCUAGCCGCUUGGAGCAACUUCGCAAGCCUCUUUGGGCCUCGUUCGACCUCUUCUCGAAAUGUACAAUCGAAGGUGUUCGGCGAGCGAUCAACUUUAACAUAUACAAGCACCCUCUCGACGAACCCAGCAACUCGGAUCGAGAAUUCUCUGCAGACAUGAAGUACGACCUGUACGGACUUGGCUUGGUCUUGCUAGAGGUCGGCUUGUGGACCCCAAUUGGCGAUUUAUACAAACAAAAGUACUCCCUUGCAGACUUCAAGCUAAGACUAGAAAAGAUCUGGAUUCCCAAACUUGGCGCCAAAUGCGGCUCUGCUUACAUGCGGGCAGCAGAGACGUGUCUCCGUCUGUCGGAUGACCAGAACAGCUCCCGGCUGACUGUGGAAGGGAUCUACGGAAUCUUGUUUCAGUUCCUCAAGAGAUGCUGUCUUCUCGAUGAUAUGGGUUCCUCAACUGAGCUCAUCCCGGCUUCCGAGUUAGUCUCUGCGCCCACUUCUCCCAGUCCCUUUGCCUACAGCUUUCAAAGAGGAGAAUCGGAGACGAGCUCAAUCUCACGGCAGCUCUCCGAUGCGAGCGACUUCAUGCGAAGAGACACCGUUCCGGCCAAGACAAAUCCCGUGGCAGCCGGGCUCGCGUCUCAGCGAAGACCCGCGCCGGCGGCUGCUGCAGUCAGUCGUGGAUACACGAGACCACGAGUGCAUCCAAGUCACUCAUCCCUGCAGCAAAGUGACCAUUCGAGCACCAAUUACCAAUUCGCAACGCCCCCGUCCUCCAAGGAGUUCAAGCGUCGCAUUGUGCUCAUCCAGCAACGCUGGCGAGAACGAUGCGCAGCGCAGGCGGCGAAACGGAAGACGCAUCGAUCGCAUAGCGCCCGCAACGCCGACAAGCCGAAGCGCGAAGAAUUUCCGGACUUGAAACUGCCUCAGGAGAUACUGGACCACUGGCAACACAACAUGUGUUUCCAAUUGCAGGCACUCGUCGAAAAAGCGCUGCACGGUUCCCGCGAAGCAAGCUCGAUACGAUUACUGCCUUAUGGAGAGACUCCCGAGACUGCUCGCCCGACGCUGAUCGUGGGCUGCAGAUCAACGCAAAGGGUGAAGGAUGCACUUAAGCGUCAUCUGAAAUACGACGCGAACAUCUUCGAUGUUCGGGUCAAGAAAGAGGUCAUUAGGAGAUGCAGAAAGUCAAGGCGUGACCGAACAGUUGACAAUGCACAUCGCUCUAUGGCGCCUUUGCGCGAUCCUGAUGUGGAGAAGGCUGCGAAUCCGGACUACCAGGAAAGGCCGAUCUGCGGAGCGUCAAUUGGAGCAUGGAGGUACGAAGAGCACCUUCCGCCUGUCUCGUUCGGUGGUGUCAUUGUCGUCGAUGGACGUUCGUAUGGGAUGAGCGUACAUCAUAUGCUUGAGCCCGAGGAGGAAGAAGAUGACGAAUCCGACCAGGCUGAGGACGGCGCUGACAACGAUGAUGAUGACUCUGAGACAUCCAGCCUCGGAGGCUCUGACAGCGAUGAAGACGAUCUCAGCACGGUGCGCCCACCAUCUUUGCACUCGUCAGACGAGGACGUUAUUCAGAGAGACGAUACAGCUGGCGAUUGCCCAGGAAUAUCGCCUGGCGACAUGGAAGAGAUUGCCAUUACACAGCCCGCCCUGGACGACGCCAUUGAUCUCGAUCUUCACGCAGAAGAAGACGAGGACGACGGAGACUCCGGAAUCGACGAGGACCACUUGCUUUCGUAUCGCCUUGGUCAAGUCCACGCAUCUUCAGGGCUGAGACGCACCGCAAAGUCCCACGAAGGUGGCUUCAAAAGCAUCAGCCAGUCACUGCCUCAAGAGAUCGACUGGGCACUAUUCGAAUUACUACCACCACGAACCCACCCGUUCAACAUCAUCAGGGGCGGCACCAGAUACUGCAGCGAGGGCGAUCGCAAAGGCAACUCUUUGCCGAUCACCAUCAAGAGUAGCUCAGAGCUUGCCUGCAGAAAGGUUCACUGCCUUGGUCGGACGAGCGGGCUCGGAAGCGGCACCAUAUCCAGCACGAUGGAGCUCGUCAAGAUCUAUGGUCGAAGUACAUUCUCCGCCAGCUGGACUGUCGCUGGCGACUUUGGCAUCGGCGGGGACUCCGGCGCAUGGGUCAUAUGCAAUGAAGACGGCGGCGUCUGCGGCCAUGUCCUUGCAUCAAGGCAAGGUCGCACCUACAUCUGUCCCAUGGACCUCCUCCUCGAUGAUAUCAAGCAGACUCUUGGCGCCAACGAGGUCAGCUUGCCCAUCUUCACGGAGCCGGAAAUGCUCAGCUCGUUCAGCAGUCGCAAGGAGGAAAUGACUGGGGCCAUUAGCAGGAUGUACUUGACUGAGAGCAGCGAAAGUGGUGGCGUUGCACUACCGAGGAGUCCUGUUCGCUCUGCGACCGCGAGGACUGUAGAUCCUGUUGGAUGA